UAGAUGACAGAUGGAGAGAGAGACAGAGAGAGGAUAGAGAUAUAAUCAAUAAAUAAUGGAGAGAGAGAGAGAGAGGAUGACAGAGAUAGAGAUACUCAAUAGAUGGAAAGAGAUAAGAUAAAAGAUUUAUUAUCACUUUUCCUGGAUACACAUUGGCACACAUUAAAAAACAUGCACAUCCUUUUGUGAUGGUUUGAACGCGCAGGCUGUGAAGCAUGUGUGCGUGUUUGUGUAUGUGCACUCAAUCAUUGCAACUGAGUGAGCUGUGUCAGGGAGAGACAAACUCUGCAGUGCAAAGCUGGGGUCUCAAUGACCCAAGUGUUAUUUGCAGGGGGAGGGCAGAGGAGGCAAAAUUGGAUGGCUGCAGAUCGUGACUGGUUGGUUGGGGGUGUCGCCUGCAUGUGUGAAGAGCGUUUGCUGUACUUCGGUGAGUGUGGAAGGCAUGCCCUCAGCAGAGGCUGAGGAAGCCCAGUUGUUUUGCUGCAGACAUCUUCCAGCGAGCCUCCCUCGGCUACCAGCUCCGUCUCUGCUCCGACUAUGAACCUCUCCUUCAGCCUCACCUUUCUUGGGAGCCACCUGGAGCCCUGGAUGCCGGCCAACCUGUCUUUGUCGGGACAGCUGAACGGGAGCCAAGGGCUGGGCUGGGCGGAGCUAGAGAAGUUGCUGUUCCUCUUCAAUGAUGAUCCAGUCAUCAUCAGCCUCACCCUCCUGUACCUGAUGUCCUUCUUGGUGGGGCUGGUCGGCAACGUCAUGUCACUCCGGAUGCUGACCCGGAAACGAAGCAACAACAUGCCCAGCUUGAAUGCCACCCGGAGUCUCCUGAUCAACUUGGCUAUCUGCGACUUGAUGGUGGUCUGCAUCUGCCUGCCCAUCACGACCGGGAACUUGAUCUACAAAGCAUGGGUCUACGGAGACUUGCUGUGCAGGGCAACGCCAUUCAUCCAGGCCGUCGCCGUCUCAGCCAGCAUCCUCAGCCUGACGGUGAUCAGCUUGAACCGCUAUUACAACGUGCACAAUCCCCUCAAAGCCCGGUCCUUCUUCACCCGGAGGAAGAUCUUGAGUACCAUCCUGAUGGUUUGGGUCUUGUCUUCAGGCAUCAGCAUGCCUCUUAUAUUUAUGAACAAACGAGAGGAGAUUGGGGUGGGGUCCGAUCUGCCGUUGGUGUUCCCCAUUUGCCGGGAAGUGUGGCCCCAGGAAGAGCUGAAGCAAACCUACAAUUUCUUCCUCUUCUGCACUCUCUAUUGCUUGCCGGUCUCCUUCAACAUGGUCAUCUGCUACUUGACUGUCCAUCGGCUCUGGAGCCCCACCAGCACCCUGAGAGAUUGUGGUGGUGCCUUGAAGCAGACCUUGCUGGCUUCCAGGCUGAAGAUCCGCCGGAAGGUGGUUCAAAUGGUCAUCGCCUUAGUCCUCCUCUUUGCCAUUUCCUGGCUGCCCAUUUACCUGGUGGACAUCUGGAUAGAGUUCCACAGCCCCAAGUCCUUGUGGGAUGAGAAACCAUCUCCUUUGGUCCUGCAACUGCGAGCUUUUUCUCAAUGGCUUAGCCUCACCAACUCCAGCCUCAACCCCAUCUGCUACUGUUUUCUGGGCGACCUCUACAGAUCGGCUAAGGAAAUGAGGAGCAGAUACCAAAAGAAGAUGGCUUCUCUUCUCAACUUCUCUCUCUCCCGAAAGAGCUGGCCACCUUCUGUUCCUGAGAUGCUUUCUUACAGGAGGUCUAUGGACUCUGCUAAAAAAGAAUCGGACCUCGCAACAGGAAGAGAAGGCAACAGAGGCCACAGCCACAGCUGCAGAGACCUUGCCUAAGAUGCUCUUUUAUAUGUAUCAGUCUUUAUCAACUAGGGAUGGCCGAUAGUGCGUUGGCGAAGAAGCAUCUUCCUACAAGGGUUGAAGUUUCCACUGUGCAUCUUCCCUGGAUGUGAGCACCUUCCUGAAGCCAAUCGAAGAGAAUAUUUGUAGCUCAGAUUUGAACUGUCGGGUCCUUGGUGCUCUCUGAGUUUGGUUGUUUUCUUCCAGACAUUUCACGAGCCUACUA